AUGACAUGUGCUGUUGAGUCAAAAGACUGCAGAUUAUCAUGUUUAAUCACUGUGGUAUAUGCUCUCAAUGAUAAUUCUGGAAGAAAAUCUCUUUGGCAUGACAUUUUGGCAUUUAAACAAAAUGUUUCCUGUCCUUGGAUCAUUGGAGGGGAUUUCAACACUAUUAUUGACAACAAUGAGAAAAUUGGUGGAUCUUUAGUUACUGAUGCAGAAACUGAAGAUUUUCAGGAUUUCAUCUCUUCCUGUCAACUUGUACAUCUAAAGACUAAUGGAUGUUUUUUCACUUGGUGCAAUAAACAGGAUAUUGACACAAGAAUAUGGUGCAAACUUGAUAGAGUUCUGGUUAAUGAAGAUUGGAUUCAAAAAUACAACUCAAGCCAGGUUGAAUUCUUGACUCCAAACUGUUCUGAUCACUCCCCUGGUUUAAUCACAAUUGAAGAUGAGGAAAUUGAGGUUAAAAGGCCUUUCAAGUUCUUUAAGAUGUGGAUUAGUCACCCUGAUUUCCUCUCAACAGUCAGAUCAGUUUGGGAUCAGGUUGUUACAGGAUACAAGAUGUAUAUAUUCCAUACCAAACUCAAGAAACUCAAGCCAGUUCUAAAGGAGUUGAAUAAAAGGCAUUUCAUGAAUAUAAGUGAGCAAGUAUUAAGAGCUAAAAAUGAUCUAGUUGAGGUCCAGGAGGACAUGAGCAAUGAUCUUUUUAACCCCUUACUAGUUUCAAAAGAGAAGGAAUGUCUGGAAAAGUAUGUGAGAUUGCUAAAUUGUGAAACUUCUUUCUACAGACAAAAAGCAAACAUUAAAUGGGGGAUAUAUGGUGACAAAUGCACUCAAUUUUUCCACUCUAUUAUGAAAGCAAAAAGACACCAAAAUAGAGUGUUAUCUCUCUACACUGAAAAUGGAGUAAGGAUCACUGAAAUGUCUGAUAUCAUGACACCAAAAUAG